GAGCAGCAGGCGAUUUACUCGGUAUUUGCUCGGAAAUAACAUAAAAACAUUUUAUUGUAGCCGGCCAUGCUUUAAUCGGUUUAUUUAAAACAACUGCACAUCCGCGGCAACAAAACCACAUACCGAAUAAGUAGCGGGCUCGUGCGCAUUUCCGUCGUAGUCGAAAUUUGGAAAACAAUUGUUUUUUUCGCGGGUGACGCUAUUGUGCCAUAUUAAUCAAUCAAUGCCAAUCGAAACUUUUAAAUCAAUACAUUAAGUCCUCUGUUAAGUGUUGGAAGAGCUGCAUCGAUAUUUUCAUUUGUUUUGCACCAGAUCAAGAUCCACAUUUCUAGCAAACCGAAGAGCGCUUCUACCGGAAAACUAUUUGUCGCGGCACAAAACACGCGGAUGUGGUUUCCGAUUGUAAUAUAUUGGUAAAAAGGUGACUAAGAAAAUGACGUCGAACACUGAGAUUAUUCUGAAAUCAUGGUUGAGAACGCUUAGAUUCAGCAUUGAAUAUUACGAGGAUACCUUUGAAUCGAAAAACAAUUGGCGGAGUGAAAACAAUCAUCGUGCGAAAAACAUGCUUGUUGGGGGAGACACAAGUGAUGAUAGUGACGAUUCCAAUUAUGUGAAUAUUUGGGAUUGUUCGGAUAGUAAGAAACGCUCUCGAGGAUUUAAAAAUUCCUUGGAAUCCGUGGAGAAUAUCAGUGUAGUGUCCAAUUUGGAAAGUGAAAAUUUGAACGCAACAUCUACGACAGAUCUAAGCAACAGUUCAGAAGAUCGCCGAUCUGUAAGUACCACUAGUCAACGUAGCAUAAAAAUUACAAAUCUAGAUGAUGAAAUUAUCAACAGAAAUUCAUACAAAAUCAAGAAAAAGCCUGUAGCUACUCCUAGGCAAAACAAACAUUUAGACGACAAUGAGCCAGUAUACAUGAAUCUACCUCUGAUAAACCAAGGAAAAUUAGAAUCUCAGCUGCAUGACAGAGAAAUAAAUUGUUCGAAAGACCAGGAGAAUAUGAAUAUCUAUGAAAACCUGCCUCUAAAACCACCGAAGCCAUCAGCAAUUUAUGAAAAUCUCCCUUUGGACCCAUGCAGUGCAAAAAAGUCAGCAUUUUCCUCAAUGGAUUCACUAAAAUACGAAGACGAAUUUUUCCAAACCAUGCAGUAUUUUGAGGACACCAUUGGAACAGUUGCGAUCUGCAGCGAAGAAUCUGACUGUGAAGACGCAAAAUCAAUUGGGCGAUUUGAGUCGAGUUAUUCAUCGGUAGAUUCAAAUUUCGACGAUUCAACUUCCUUAAUUAACGCGAUCAAUGAUAAAAAGUUCACUGAUAGUUCCAGUAGUUUUGAAGAAUAUCAGGAGAAGGAACAGCUACCAAAAAUACAAAACAUUAUAGUACAACCUGAAACUUUAAUCCAAAGAUUUGCCAAAGAAAGUAGAGUAAGCGCUUUUAUUGAGGAACUUGAACCCGGUGCGUCUCAAGAGUUUAAAGACAUACCGGCACCAAAGAGCAAAAUUACAGUCUUUGAUAGAGCGAAAAGGUUCUCAGUGCCCUUACAAUUUGUCGUGGAGAGAGAAGAUGUUCAAAGGCCCCAUAGCCUGGGUAAUGGAAUUGCUGAUGAUUCUCAAACCAUCCAACACCUAGAAGAUUUUCAAUUGAAAUAUAAGAAAACCGAACAGACUGACGACGGAUUGAUUAUGAAUGAUUCCGAAGAAAAAGAAAGCGAAAUUAGUAAAUCAAAAGGUUCUGAACAAAGUUUGAACCUUAGUUAUGCUAAGGAGUCAAGAAUUAGUAAAAUGUUUGAAGAAGAGGAAGUUGGAGAGCUGGAACUAACUGAAACGUGCUCGGAAAAUUCAGUUAUCGGUGACGAAAGUUUUAUUGAAAAUCUUAGGGAGGAUGUGGUGACAUGGAUGACUGCUUUGAUGGAAGAAUACUGCGAGGAAUGGCAAAAUAUAAUGGAGGAAACGGAGCUCCUAAAAUCAAUAAAUGAAGUUCCCAAAGACACCACAAGCCGGCUAGUGGAAAACAAAUUUCCUUAUGAUGUGGAGAUUCGAAGAAAACCCGAUAUUCACAUCAACAGAUUAUCCAAAACUACCGAUUUUGAUGUCGGUAGACGAAAACCAAUCAGCAAAGUCAAUCCAAAAAAUUUUGAAAUACGAGGCCUAAUGAAGAUCCAGGCUUCAUUCAAUGUGAAGUCCGACCUAAUUAAGUGCAAAGAGGAAUACAUAGCGUAUGAAAACGAAAAUUUCUACCGGAUUAACGAAAGAAACAAAAACCGGGAACUGUUAUAUCCUGAUGUGCUGUUAAAAUCUGUGAGAUAUUUAAAAUCAAAAGAGGUCGAGUUAAAGAGUACCACCAACGAUACCUUCAUAUUGCACUUCCAAGAGCCGAAGCACGUCAAAAUAUUUAUGGAUAAUGACAAAAUUCAAGUCUAUAAUAUUAUAGACAAUAAAGUGACGAUCAAGAAGACUCUUCUUAGAUUUUUAGGAAAGAGAUCAAGUAAAGAGUUUCUGGAAAGAAAGGGUAUUUACAAAGAUGAGCCAAUUUUCGGAAACACUUUGCGAGAAAUUAAAAAUCGUACCGGAUAUCUGGUGCCACCAUUUAUUACAGAAGUGAUCAGACUUUUGGAGAUACCAGAAAAUAUUCAAAGUUUAGGACUUUACAGGACAUCUGGAAAUUUAGCAAUUAUACAAAAAAUACGCUUUGAAGUUGAUAAUGGCAAAUUGAGCAUUUUGGAGCGCUACUCUAAAGAUCCAGACGUAUUGACUGGAAGCAUCAAAUUGUUUUUCAGAGAACUAAAAGAGCCUCUUAUACCUCUUGAUGUUGGAGAAAAACUUUUGGAUAUCAUAAAGUUGAGUCCACAGCAAUUUACAUCAAAAGAGCAUCAAAAAAUCAAGUCUAUUCUAGUCAAAAAUUUAGACGAGUCAAAUUUGGAAACUUUCGUCGUCAUAAUGGAACAUCUUCUGGAAGUAGUUAAACACAAAGAGCAUAACAAAAUGGACACGUAUAAUUUAGCUGUAUGUUGGGGACCAUCAAUAUUCACUCUAACUGGAGCUUCAAUUAAAGAUGCCAUAGAACAAUCAAAAGACAUAGUGUCUCUCAGCCACAACGCCAUGUCUUUGGUUAGCUUUUUCCUUGUGUAUUACGACAUGUAUCCAGUUGAGUUAAUUACUCUUCGAACAAGAGUACGAACUAAUAGUAGGUCUGAUAAUAUUCAAACUUUAAGACGACAAGCUUCCAGAGAAAGUGAUUCUAGUUUAGACAGUUCCAGGAGUCAAAAGAAAAGUUCGAGUAAUUUGAGUUUAAGUGUGGAUGAAGUGGUUAAGAGACUUGUCGACUUGAUUGAACCACAUGUAGCGUGUGGAGAUCUUUAUGUAAAGGGGGGCUCGGCCGAUAAAACGAAUAAAAUCAUGAAAAAGUUGACGAAAAAGAAAAUUAAUGAGCUAGAGAAACACAAGAACGACGUAUACGAAUUAACAGACGCUUUGAAAAAAUAUUUAAAAGAACAAGACUCUUUAAUUAAUGAACAAACUGUGGAAGCGGUUUUGAAAAUUUCACCUGAUACGUCACAAAACUGCUUAGAACCAACAACAAGACGAAAAGUGAUAUACCUAAUUGAAGAUACUCCGAAAAAAGACACACUAAUCUUUCUCCUGCGCCAUUUAGCUCGAGUUAUAGAAUACCAAGAAAGAAAUCUUAACGUUGAGAAGGAUGAACUAAUAAAUAUUUGGAGUAAUGUACUGAAUAAUCAAAAAAAGAUCAAAAUUCCAAUCGAAGACUUCAAUAAAUUCUUGAUCAUUGCAAUACUGGUAUUCAAUGAUAAUUUGCCAGAUAUUGUAAGAUCUAGUUUUAACAGUAAAACCAGCAAUUCGACUAGGUCCGACAGCAUGGACGAGUUGAUGAAAGAAAUGAAACAUCAACAAGCCGAGAGGGACCGAAACAGCAGAUAUGACAAUGUUGAUGGCGAUGCAGGUGAAGCAUCUAUACUAGAUGAAAAGACUGAGCUAACCAAAUUGUGACAACAUUCAGAUGUAUAUAAAUUAUAUCAUAAAUAACUUAUUACUCGCACGUUGAAAAACCCGAUUGGCUUUCCUGGUACUUCGUACUAAACUAUGAAUUAAAAAAAAAUCUUUGUCAUAGUCUUCAAAGAUACAUUUUUGUAUCAUUUGUUUAUAUUUUUGUAAAAAAAAUAGUUUGUAGACUUCUUGAUGAGAGCGAAUGCACAUUUAAAAACUUAAGUAUUUAGGUUCAUAGCCAAUAAUAUGAUUUUAAACACUUAAAAAAUAUAAAUUUUAAAUUUGAACAGCAAAGAGGAUUUGGUACCCUCAAAUUCUUCAGUGGUAAUAGGAACAAGGAAUUGGUGGAUUUUAGUGAAUAAAUAAUUCAUACUUGAUGACCACUUCAUAUUUUUAAAAAAUUUUAUUUAUUACUUUGCCUAUUCAUGUUUAAAGGAACCAUCACUACUAAAUAUAUUGCAAGUUGAUGUUUUCUUAGUUGUUAGUGCAGGAAAAUUCAAAUUGAUGUACAUAAUAAAUAUAUGUUAUUAUACUCUUAAUAAUGUGAUAAUUAUCUAGAUCUAAGGUUUGUAAACAGUUCCAGGUAAAUAAAAAUAAGAAAUAGUUCGGCUUUAGUUAAUAAACUUCUUAACAGCAAGGUAA